AUGGAAGAGUUGGAUAAGAGAGGAUCCAUAUACUCCGAUAGACCUGUACUCGAAAUGGGAGGGGAGUUGGUGGGAUACUCGCAGACAUUGGUUUUGAUGACCUACGGCUCGAGAUUCCGAACCUAUAGAAAGCAUUUCUCGCGUUAUAUUGGCGGUGUCAGGCCAAUGCAGGAACUGCAUCCUUUGAUUGAAGAAGAAGCACGUCGUUUUUUGAAACGCACUCUCGCUGCACCCGACGACCUUCUCCCUAACCUUCGAAAGCUGGCCGGCGGAAUUAUCUUGCGACUUACUUACGGUUAUCAAGUCAUCGACGGGGAGGAUCCAUUCGUGAACUUGAUCGAAAAGGCCAAUGACAAUUUCAAUGCUGCAACUGUCGCUGGAGCCUAUCCUGUCGAUUUCUUCCCCUUGUUGAAGAAGCUUCCGGAGUGGCUUCCUGGUAUGGGUUUCAUGCAAACUGCGCGCGAGUGGGCGAAGGACACUGAGGCGAUGGUGGAAGUGCCUUGGGAAUUUACGAAACAGCAAAUGGCUGAAGGAAAAGCCCGUCCAUCUUUCGUGUCCACAAACCUUGAGAAUGAAAGUGGUAUGUCAUCUGACGAUAUUCGGGACUUGAAGCUGGCGGCAAGUUCUAUGUACGGAGGCGGUGCAGACACGACUGUGUCCGCUGAAUACGCCUUUUAUUUAGCCAUGGUUCUUUACCCAGACGUGCAAAAGAAGGCUCAGGCUGAAAUUGACGCCGUCAUUGGCACGGGGCGCCUGCCUACUCUAAGUGAUCAACCGCACCUUCCAUACGUAAAUGCUGUAGUCACAGAGGUACUUCGAUGGAACAGCGUUGCACCCACAGGAGUGCCUCACACGGCCAUCGAAGAUGGUUAUAUCUCUGGAUAUUUCAUUCCGAAAAAUUCUCUCAUACUCGCCAAUCUAUGGAACAUGCUUCACGACCCGGAGACGUACCCAGACCCAUUUACCUUCGAUCCCGAACGACAUAUAGCCUCUCCUGGAAAAGAAGCGCAGCGUGAUCCAAGGAAGGUAUGCUUCGGGUACGGCCGGCGAGUGUGUCCCGGCAUGUAUCUGGCGGAAGCGUCUUUGUUCUCCUGCAUUUCCAUGACGCUUGCAGCGUUCAAUAUCGAAAAGAAGGUCGAGAACGGCGUUCCUAUCACCCCUGUUCACGAGAACACCUCUGGAAUAAUCAGUUACCCUAAACCUUUCAAAUGCGUUAUCAAAGCUCGUUCGGAGAAAGCAGUGUCCUUGAUCUCUGAAGAGGUUAUCUAA